AUGGACGGCGACAACGCCACCUCGAACCGCACGGCGCCCGAGCCGUUCCCGGUCCUGCCCGAGGCCUACAUCGUCCCGACCAUCAUCAGCGCCAUCAUGCUGGUCGGCGUGGCGGGGAACUCCCUCGUCAUCUUCGUCAUCGUCCGGAUCGGCGAGAUGCGGACCGUCACCAACUACUACAUCGUGAACCUGGCCACCACGGACCUGGCCUUUCUCGUCCUCUGUCUGCCCUUCACCGCAGUCAUCUACGCCGUGCCCAGCUGGCCUUUCGGACUCGUCAUGUGCAAGCUCAACAACUACCUGUUUCAGGUGACCUUGACGGCGACGUGUUUGACCUUGGCCGCUCUGAGCAUGGACAGAUUCUGCGCCAUCGUGCUGCCGAUCCGCUCCAUGGGGUUCCGCCAGCCCAAGACGGCGGUGGCCGUCAGCAUCUUCAUCUGGAUGGUUUCCUUCCUCCUGUCCAUUCCCGUGGCCAUCGUGCGAGAUCUCGUGACUGUCACGUGGAGAGGUCACGUGAUGGUGCUGUGCCGAGAGCCGGGGUGGUCUGCGGCUGCGCAGAGUGCGUACGCGCUGUACACGGUGGUCUUCACGUACCUCAUCCCGCUGGUCAUGUGCAUCGUGGCCUGCGCCUGGAACGUCCGUCAUCUCUGCCGCCGGGCGCGCCUACAGGCGUGUCGUCACGAGCAGCGCACGUUCCAGACCAGACGGGUGGCCAUGAUGGUUGUGGGGGUGGUCGUCCUGUUCGCUGUCUGCUGGCUCCCCAACAACAUCAUUAACCUCUACCGCCUCAUGAACCAGGACUACAAAGCCAGCAGUACCUUCUACCGCAUGAAGAUGGCAGCGCUCUGCCUCAGCUACGCCAACUCCGCCAUGAAUCCGUUCGUGUACACGCUGGUGGGGGAAAACUUCCGCCGGAACCUUCGCAAGGCGCUGAAGCUCCGCUGCGGGCGGCAGAACAAGACGCCGCUGCGGGGGGUGAUGUCGGUCAGGUACUGCAGCGAGAGGAGCCGCGUCACCGUGCUCUACAGCAGCAGCAUCCGCGCCAAACGCCGGUGUGAUACCAUCCAGGAACAUGGCGUCGAGGACAGGCCCAGGAACGGGUCAUAUUUAACUGUUUAAGGGUUUGUGGUUGUGAGGCUGACUAUAUCUUGUACUA